AUGAGUGUAUCUCAGGCUCUUAAAAGUUAUGGACUGACUGAACCAUGGAGAUUGAACUCUCCUCUCACCCUGCUGGUCACACUGUUGAGGGACACUUACCCUGCUGCUACCUGGGCUGUACUUCUUUUGUGGACCAUCAGUCUCCAGGGCUAUCAGUCUGAGUCUCUUCUGGUUCAUUCCAGGCUGGACAGCUAUUCCUGCCCUUUGGGACAGUUCCCCUGUGGCAACCUGUCUGUCUGUUUACCCCAGCUCCUGCACUGCAACGGAGAGAAGGACUGCGACAACGGAGCCGACGAAGAGAACUGCGUGGAUAAUAGCGGGUGGCUGCAGAUCUUGGAUGACAUGCAGCAGACCAAGGGCAGCAGAGCCACUGAGGAAGAGGAGACCCCAGUCUGUGUGCUCGACCAGUUCCCAAAGGAAUGCCAGUGCUCGGGAAGGGCGAUAGACUGCACCAGCCAGAACUUGCACACCGUCCCCUGGGUCUCCUCCAACGUGACGAAGCUGGAUCUGAAGACUAAUAAAAUCCACUCACUGUGGGACAACCAGUUUAUCAUGUACAGAAGUCUGGAGAAGCUCCUCUUACAGUACAACGAAAUCCAGUCAAUAAUGCCCCAUGCUUUUGCUGGACUUUUCAAGCUUAAAAUGCUGUUCCUGAGUCACAAUAACAUCACUGAGCUGAAGCCAAGAGUCUUCCAGGAUCUGCAUAAUCUUGAAUGGCUAAUGCUGGAUAACAACAGAAUUGCCAAGAUCCUCCCAGCGACUUUUGUGGGGUUGAAAUCUCUGUACUUUCUGUACAUGCUGAACAACUCCCUGAGUAGCAUGCCCAACACUUCCGUAUGUGCAGAGAUGCCGAAGCUCAGCUGGCUGGAGCUGGAAGGAAACCAGAUCCAUGCUCUGAGGAGCUCAGUGUUCCAGGAAUGCAGCACCUUCACUGUGCUGAUUCUGCGCAGAAACAAGAUCAAAUGGAUCCAGGAAGGGGCGUUUUCCAAACUGAACAGAUUGGUGGAGCUUGACCUGUCGAACAAUAGACUGGAGGAACUUCCACCAUCUUUAUUCAGUAACCUGCAUGACCUCCAGCAGCUGAAUAUUUCCUACAACCCCCUGAAGCAGAUCUUUGCCGACCAAUUUGACAGCCUGCCCCACCUGCGCUCUCUGAGUAUUGAAGGUCUGGAGAUCCCCAACAUCCAGACUCGCAUGUUCCAGAAACUCACCAAACUGUCUCACAUCUACUUUAAGAAGUUCCAGUAUUGCAGCUACUCUCCGCACGUGCGCAGCUGCAAGCCCAACACCGACGGCAUCUCCUCCUUCGAGAACCUCCUGGCCAACAUCAUCCUCAGGGUCUUUGUCUGGGUCAUCGCAUGCGUCACCUGCUUUGGGAACCUCUUUGUCAUCUGCAUGAGGUCCUUCAUCAUCACAGAGAACAGCCAGCACACCAUGGCCAUCAAAUCGCUCUGCUGUGCAGACGGUCUGAUGGGAAUCUAUCUCUUCUUCAUUGGAGCCUUUGAUCUCAAGUUCUCCGGCGAGUACAACAAGCACGCCCAGGUGUGGAUGGCGAGCAUCCAGUGCCAGCUGGUGGGCAGCCUGGCCAUGCUGUCCUCGGAGGUGUCCGUCUUGCUGCUGACGUACAUGACCCUGGAGAAGUACCUCUGCAUCGUCUUCCCAUUCAGCCAUUAUGGGGCGGGCAAGAAGCGGACCCUCUCCAUGCUGGUCAUCAUCUGGCUGUUGGGCUUUUCUCUCACCCUCGUCCCCUUCUGGUGCAAGGAGUCCUUUGGGGACUACUAUGGGAGGAACGGGGUGUGUUUCCCACUCCAGUCCGACGAGACCGAGCGACCAGGAGCCAGGGGCUACUCCACCGGGAUAUUUCUGGGUCUGAACCUCAUUGCCUUUGUCACCAUCGUGUUCGCCUACACCAGCAUGUUCUACUCCAUCCACACCACGGCCACCAAGACGGCCGAGCGCAGCGUCUUCUCCAGGGAAGUGGCCAUCGCCAAGAGAUUCUUCUUCAUCGUCUUCACUGACGCCCUCUGCUGGAUCCCCAUCUUCCUCCUGAAGCUUCUCUCCUUGCUGCAGGUGGAAAUACCAGGCACCGUGACAUCAUGGGUGGUCAUUUUCAUCCUGCCCAUCAAUAGUGCCUUGAACCCCAUCCUGUACACCAUCACCACCACCCCCUUCCAGGAGAAGCUGUGCUUGCAGAAGAAGCAGCUGCAGCAGUCGUCACUUCAGGACCCAGAAGAGUCCAGAAAGAGCUUUUGCCUGCUAUCCACACGCACCAGCAGCACCUGACAGUCCCCAGCAGUUUAGCCUGGGGAGCGGUGAAAGGCCUCACUGCUUCUUGCAUGCAGCUAUGAAGGACCAUGUCUCUGUCCUCCCCAGGUGCCUCCCCUGCCUGGUUCACUGUCCACCCCCAUGAUUGCCCCCAAAAUGGCUGACGAUGCCAAAGGGGAGCUGCCACCUCUUUCCAAGUGCUAGUCAUUAUCUCAGCCAGCUCUUGGCCAUGGAGGGAGUACCCCUCCCCGCUGCAGCAACAGUGCCUGGUGGUGUAUGUGAGGCUACAGAAGAAAUGGUCACAGAUAGUCGCUGGGGCCUGAACUCUGCCCCACGGUUGAAAGCACUGGAACGCUGCCUGCCCCAUGCAUUCUCAUUGCUGUGUGUCAGCGCUUUGGGGCUGUGGGUUUAGCUGAUGCUGGUUCAGCACAAGGAUUAACCAGCUACUGUGGAAUGGAUGUUGUAUUUCAUCCUAACCCCGUCUCUGUUGCAUGGUCCCUGUAGCUCCCUGCCUCUUCGCCCUGGAGACAAGCUGCAGGGGCAGCUGCUGCAGCAGUCUUUGGAACAGAGAGGUGUUUUCUGCAGUGCCGGAAGCAAGUCUGGGUCCAGGGGAAGGAAGGUGGGAGGAGAAGCCUUCAGUGCUUUGAUUUAGGGGCCAGAGGCAGCUAACACAGACGCCAGCGCAAUCCUGGCGAGAAUUGUAGGCCACCUCAGCUUGUGGGCAGCUGGUUCUGCCAUGUGGAGUGAUGAAGUAUUCAGGCCGCCCUCAGCCCUUGGGGAAGCCUUGGCUGUGGGACCCAGGCAGCAGCUGCUAUUGUGAGUGAAAUGCUGCAGAAGGAAAGGGAGGCGGUGCUGUCCCCUGACACUUCCUACACCACCUUGACCGUUAGGGCCGUGUUCAGGGUAGGUGUCCCCAUUCAGGGCCUGCUCCCCCAGCCACCAUCUUCAGCAAGGACUCAUAGCCGUGCCCUGUUCUCCAGCCAUAUCUGAGCUCACGCCUUUAGAAAAUGAAUCCUCGCAACUGAGGCACCAAUUCCCCUGGGCUAAUGCAGCCUGUGCCCAAACCCAUUCCUAGGAGACUGCUGCAGCAGUAAAAUAGCAACACCGGGGUAGGAGUUGGUAAUGGUUGGUGUGCCUUCCCUAGCCUCUGCUCCUCUCUCAUUUACUCCUGAAUUGCCCUUCUCCAGGGGGUGGCUGGGCUCUGCCUUGGCAAUAGCAGUUCUGUCUCCCUGCCAUACGCUGCGUGGGCUGGCUAGCCCCACCCCAAUCCCAGGUGAGAGUAACCUGGCAGCGCAUACCACCCCGAGCCCCGGUGGUGGCCGGGAGCCAGAGGAGUUUGUUUCAGCUCCACCCAGGGCUGGAGCUACUGACGUUCCCUGUUUGGUUCUGGAACGAUCCCAGCGCUGGAGCGGCAGGCUCUUGGCCCGGGGGCACUUCUCACUCUGCGGUGGGGUGGAGAGAGGGAACAGAGCAAGGGAUUGAAAGUACCAGCUCUCAGCCCACUGGACCACAGCAUGCUGCACAUUGGGACUAGUGCCUGGAGUCCCAAGGGAGCCACCCCCAUGUUUUGGGGUCGGUGAGCAGGAGACAGGCUGUGCCUCUACUCUCAGGGAACCCAGACAACACCUGCCCUAAUUAUGCCUGUUGGAUGCCACAGCUUGUUUAGGAGGGGCUAGCAUCAGUUGUAGCCAAGGCACUCGCAGCUGCAGGGUAGGAGCCUUGGGUAGGUGACCAGGUAGAUACCAAGUGUCUGUAGCAGGGAGGAGGAAAGAAAAGGGGGUCGGGGAGAGUGCAUCAGACACGCUGUUUAAUGACACUGGGAUUAUUCUGGAGGGCUGUGUUCGUACACAUCUUGUGCUAAGCAAUGGGGUCAGCUGGUAACACUGCAGGGCUCCAGGUAGGCUAAAAACCCAGAUGGUACCACUCUGUGAGCUUGACGAGAUGCUGCAUUAGCUGCCAAGAACAGUGGGGCUUUGAGAGAGUGAGAGUAACACGUGGAGGCCUUAAAUUGACCGGCAGACCCACCCCUUGAGGCAUGGAUAUGACCAUUUAAUGCACUGCUUGCCACUCUCCCCCAACUCCUUUCAGCCCCUCUGUGAGGCCAGCACUUCAGACAACACCAGCCUCCAGCGUACUGGCAGCCUGGGCACAGAAGGAAUGUCCAUUGCUUAGCAAACACACUGCCCACCCUAUCUCAAUUGGUGCUGGUCAGAGCCUGAUGCUGAGCCAGGCAGGGACUCCGGAGGAAGGACAGCCCAGCCCCUGCCAGCAGCUCAGAGGAAUAGAAAGGAGGCCCUGCCAUUUAUACUCGGGGGCCAGAGGGAAAGUCAGUGGGGGAAAUCAGAUUGUUUGGGAGCAAUGGGAAGGGUCCUGUAAUGGGUGUGAAGCUAACUUGUGUGAGACCCAUGCAACUGCCCUGCAAUUGCAGGAAUAAGAAUAGCCUUUACCCAUUUCUUUUUGCCUUCCACAUGCUUUACAAAACACUAAUGAAUUACGCACUCAGCCUCAUUCCGUCAUGACAUGGGGUUUUGGUCAGGAGGCUUCGC